AAUGUGUACGAAAAUAGUUUUGUUAACCUUAGUUUUGGUAUCUGCUUUUGCAGUUCCAAGUGUAUCUUAUGUAGCAAAGAUACGAAUGAAACGGCAGUAUGGAAAUCUGUUCCAUAAUUUCUAUGGAAAUAUUUAUAAUCAAAAUGCUAAUACUCAGGAUAAAAUCAACAGUAUUAUUGCAAAUACGCAGAACGCAAUUAAUCAACAGGUUCAAAAUAUUUUCAAUCAGGCUAAUUUUCCUUUUGGAAAUAUGUAUCCAAACUACCAAACCAAUUUUCAUAAUCAUCAUAACCAACAUUAUCAGCACAACCAACAUCAUCAGCAUAACCACCAUAAUCAUCAUAAUCAUCAGAAUAACUAUAACAAUCAUCAGUCUCAAAACAAUAACAACAGCAAUCUUAACGACAAUAUUAACAAUAACCACCAUAAUCAUGAGAAUAACUACAACAAUCAGCAGUCUCAACACAAUAACAACAGCAAUCUUAACGACAAUAUCAACAAUUCCAACGACAACGAGGGAACCGACCAAGUUGUGUGGGACGAAAUCGAAAAGAUGAAUCCCGUGGGCGAGGAUCAAUACAGCAUCCACGAGUAUGUCAAUGUCGCCACAAUAAAUAUAUACAUCAGCAUAAAGGUAGCCUUCAUCGAGACCAGCUACAUACUGAAAGAACAUCGCUCAUAUUUUCAACCAGACGCAGAAUUGGCAAAAUCCGUAUAG